GAAUGGGGGGAGAACAAGAGAAGAGAAAUUCAAUAUGGCACUGCCUUACAUACACGUUGGUGCCUUCACUAGGAGUGCCGGGCUCUACUCUGCACUUGGCAAGCAGUCUCAACUCUUGAACCUCAAACCCGUGAAGAAGAUCACCUUUACCUUCGAUCCCCUGAGUGAAAAUGGAGUCGUUGUAAGGAACUUGCUGAACUACUUUUACCUGGAGAGAGUUCGUGAGACUAAUCUGAACUGCGUAUUGAAAACUAAAAUAGUGUCAACAAGAGCUGAUCCUACUGUUGAAGUCGAUCUUGUGGAUGGAAAAACAUUGCUCUAUCAAGCUAAGCAUCUUCAGCCCUUAGAAGUACUUCAUAGUUUCAAUGCAUUAGUAAGCAGCCAAGUUAAAGCUGAAGCAGCAUCUGAAGAUUUACCAAAGGGAAAACUAGCAAAAUUCCAAAUGAAAAGAUAAUAAGCCUGAAUAAAAGAAUUCCCUGUAUAUAUGUGAUUUAAGGAACUUUUAAUCACCAUUGUUAGACUUCAAAGAAACAUCAAGGAAAAGUGGGCUAUCCAGAAUUCUUGAUCUGUUUAAGACAGAAUAAAGCAUUACCCAGAUCAUCAUGUCAACCCAGGCUCAGCGCAAAUAUGAAGCCACCCUCAGCCUUGUAAACAAGGUGUAUGACAGUGUGCCAGCCUUUACUGAUGUUUUUGAUGAAGAAACUUGGUAUAUAUUUGCUGGUUGCUUUACAGCUGCCACACUUAUCAUAACAAUAAUUGCAUCAAGGUUUAUUACCUUAAAGCCUGUAGAAUGAGGAAACUGGAUUGACUUUAGUUGCUGUCAUGAGUAAAGCUAGGCAUAUCUUUUAAUCUUUGUCUCAUUAAUUAUAAUUUUUGUGUAAAUUAUGUGAACCAACUGCUGUAUUUCUGUCACUACCAUUGGUUUAUUGAGUCAUGGCAUAAUUGUUCUAAUGUAGCAAACUAACCAGGGGCACCUGAAAUUAAAAUCUGUAUAGGGAUGUAAGAACCAUCACUACAAAUGAAAGGGAUGGCAGCUUUAACAUGGAACCUCAUCAGUAAUCCUGAUAAAUAAGAUUAUUAUUUUUUAAUUAUGUAGGUUUGCAUUAGCAGGUGCAAAUAAAAUUAAAGCCUUUUGUUUUUUAUUAAGAAUCUUUGUGUACCAUAUGUAUGCUAGGUAUAUUCAUGUAUUUGAGUAUAAAAUGUAUAAAUUUACACUGAAGUCACUUGAUUCUAAAAAGGAUGGAAAAAGUAUUGUGAAAAAGAAAAAUGGGUGAUGAGAAGCUAAAGAUAUUCAGAUCAGAUUUAUAACUAACUUUUCACAAUCAGUGUUGCCACUGGAAAUUGGUACCGUUAAAGCAAUGAGAAGCAAAACAUCACUAAUAUUUAAGCCAUGAAACAGACUUUUUGUGAAAUACAUAUUAUUUGCAAAAUUGUAAUUUCAUUUUUUUUCCCCAGCCACUAUGUUCCACUCGACCCUCUUUGGCACUUUGUGUAAAUCAUUUGGAUGUAAAUCUUUUAUGAUAUUCACCUACUUGUUUUCUCUUCAGUUUUCCUACCUUCUCAGAUAAUAUGGUAUACCAUACAUCCUUUAUGCAUUCAUUGAAAAUGACUACUCUCAUAACAUGUAGUCUUCACCCCUGGAGUCACUCCACAUUAUUCUUCUUUUUUGUUAUUUAUUCAAUCCUGAAUACUGUAUAGUCCUUGUGGCUUAGUGCUUCUUUUUGAUUAUAAUAAUAAUAAUAAUAUUUAUUCAAUCAUGACAAGCAUGUCAGUGCUCAUUUCUACUCUUUUAAUAUUGAAUUUUUCACACAUGUGGGCACACAACAGUUGCUUUCUUGCCUUAACCAGAAUUUUCAUUGUUUUAACCACUAUCCUUUUCAACUCACUAUCCCCCCCCCUUUUUGUUUUGUCAGCCCCACACCUCAGACAUUAUAAUUGAUCAACAGCUUACAUUAACAGAUUAAUAUAAAAUUAUUUAAAAUAAUUAUACAAACCCUUGUAAUCUAUAUCUUGCUAUUAAAUGAAAAUAAAUCUACUUGGUAAAACAAAAGAAAGCCAAAUUUUUAAAAUGAGUGUACAGGUCUCCCUCAACAUUCGCGAGGGUUAGGGGAUCAAGAGCCUCGCGAAUGUUGAAAAACCGUGAAUGUUUGGUGCCCCAAUAUAUUGUAGGGAAAUAUAAUACAAUACUGCUUCCUUAACUUGUUGAACCAUGAACAAUCAUAAAAUACAUGAAAACGUCGUAAAUUGUACUAAAUAUGUACAUGUUAUGCUUUAAUAACAUGUAUGUUAUUAAAUACCACAGACUCCACCAAUGCCUCCACCACUUCCCCAACCACUGCGAGUCCCUACUACCCUCCCUCCGACCCCCGCAACUGGCAGCCAGCCCUCCCACCACUCAGUGUGGUGAGUGUUUUGUUUGUUCAUUAUUUGCUAUUAAACUACAGUAUAAAUAAUGUAAACCCAUUCAUGACUGCAUAUUGGAAUGGCUAUUCGGACAGGUAUUGGACGGUGACAUCAUGUGUUUAGUCUUGAACACAGCAAAGAAUCAAACAUUUCUGCUACUGCUAAUAAUAACAAUAGUAAUAAUAAUAAUAAUAAUAUGUAAUAAUAAUAAUAAUAUAAUAAUAAUACGAUAUAAUUGAAGAAGGAAAUUGUACAAAAAUACGAGGGAGUGGUUGACACAUCGUCAGUGUGGCUUUGUUUAUGCUGGAGUGAGCAUUAGUCUCCCUGCUCUUCCAAACAUUUCACAAUAAUUCAGCGGUUGAGGCAGUGGUAUUUAAUAACAUAUAUGUUAUAAAUAAUAAUAGUACAUAUUAAUAACAUGUAUUAUUAUUAUUAAUAACAUGUAUGUUAUUAAAUACCACUGCCUCAAUCGCUUCCUCACCAGCUGCCUCACCCACUGCCUCAGUCGCUGCUUCAACAGUUGCCUCAAUCGCUGCCUCAACAGCUGCCUCAGCAGCUGCCUCAAUCGCUUCCUCAACAGCUGCCUCAGUGACCACUGCCUCAAUCGCUGCCUCAACAGCUGCCUCAAUCGCUGCCUCAAUCGCUGCCUCAACAGCUGCCUCAAUCGCUGCCUCAACAGCUGCCUCAAUCACUGCCUCAACAGCUGCCUCAAUCGCUGCCUCAACAGCUGCCUCAAUCGCUGCCUCAACAGCUGCCUCAAUCGCUGCCUCAACAGCUGCCUCAAUAGCUGCCUCAACCACUGCCUCAAUCGCUGCCUCAACAGCUGCCUCACCCACUGCCUCAAUUGCUGCCACAAUCGCUGCCUCAACAGCUGCCUCAACCACUGCCUCUACCACUCCAGUCGCACUCAAUCUACAAGUACCAAACACAAUGAAUUAUUGUGAAAUGUUUGGAAGAGCAGGGAGACUAAUGCUCACUCCAGCAUAAACAAAGCCACACUGACGAUGUGUCAACCACUCCCUCGUAUUUUUGUACAACUUCCUUCUUCAAUUAUAUCGUAUUUAUUAUUAUUAUUACUAUUGUUAUUAUUGCUGUAUAGUCCUUGUGGCUUAGCGCUUCUUUCUGAUUAUAAUAAUAAUAAUUGUUAUUAUUAGCAGUAGCAGAAAUGUUUGAUUCUCUGCUGUGUUCAAGAGUAAACACAUGUCACCGUCUAAUACCUGUCCGAAUAACCAUUCCAAUAUGCAGUCAUGAAUGGGUUUACAUUAUUUAUACUGCAGUUUAAUAGCAAAUAAUGAACAAACAAAACACUCACCACACUGAGUGGUGGGAGGGCUGGCUGCCAGUUGCGGGGGUAGGAGGGAGGGUAGUAGGGACUCGCAGGUGGCGGGAAACUUGAAUAUGAUUUGGCGGCUGGGAAUUUGGCGGUUGGGAAUUCGCGAAUGUGUGAAGCCCGCGAAAGCUGAAAACGUGAAUGUUGAGGGAGACCUGUAUAUCCAAUUUUAGCUUAUGUUCCCCUUGCAUGGAUUCUCAUCAUCAGGUAAAAUGUUUAUGUACUCUACUGUAUAUAUCUGAAAAUGCUGGAUGCUGCUGUAAGUCAUGUGGUUGUUCUGAGACAUGACAUUAUCUACAGUUGUAUAUUUACUAUACACAUUUUGAAUUUGCAGUAGACUUGUACUAGGAUCUUCCUCAUUUUUAACCCUUUGAGGGUCGACAGGCCCUCUCCGAAACUCGUUCUCAGGGUCGGCCAAAUUUAAAAAAAAAAAAAUUAUUUUCUCUUAUGAAAAGAUAGAGAAUCUUUUCCC